CGGAUAACGGUUCCGCCAGUUUUGAACAGUCAAAACGGAAAACAAAAAAGUGUUCAAAAUAAAAAAUAAAAAAAACCCAGAAAAUCACCACCGAGUCCAAGACCAAAACCUCCUCUCAAAAUCAAAAGCCCCUUCCUCCAUCAGAAAAUUGCCGCUGCCUUGGGUGGAAUUAAUAUGGCUGCUACUGUUGCUGCUCUGAAAUCAACCACCGGGACUUGCUUCCAUCAGCUUAAGAAAUCGGAUGCCCAUUUCUUACCUUCGCGCAGGCCAGGCUCCGUUUCAGUCAGGACACUCCGUCGUCAGUCGCCAAUGGCAACUCUCACCGCAGCGCCCACUGUUGGCCUAGCUCAAACUUUCUCCAAUCUCAAAAGCCAAGGCAAAGUGGCAUUCAUCCCAUACAUAACUGCUGGUGACCCUGACCUUUCAACCACAGCGGAGGCUUUAAAGGUGCUGGAUAAGUGUGGUUCUGACAUAAUUGAGCUUGGUGUUCCAUACUCUGAUCCUCUUGCUGAUGGCCCAGUUAUUCAGGCAGCAGCUACGCGCUCCUUAGCAAGAGGAACUAACUUCGACUCGAUCCUGUCCAUGUUGAAGAAGGUUGUUCCAGAAAUAUCUGCCCCAAUUGCUUUGUUCACGUAUUACAACCCUAUCCUGAAGCGCGGAAUUGGACAAUUUAUGUCUACUGUGAAGGAAACUGGGAUACAUGGACUUGUUGUUCCGGAUGUUCCUCUAGAAGAGACUGAACUUCUGAGGAAGGAAGCUCUCAAGAAUAAUAUUGAACUGGUACUUCUUACAACACCCACCACUCCAACAGAGCGAAUGAAAGCCAUAGUGGAAGCUUCUGAGGGAUUCAUUUAUCUUGUGAGCUCAAUUGGAGUGACGGGUGCGCGAGCUUCUGUAAGCACCAAAGUACAGACCCUUUUGCAAGAUAUAAAAGAGGCAACGACUAAGCCGGUAGCUGUAGGUUUUGGCAUAUCAAGCCCUGAACAUGUCCAACUGGUGGCGGGAUGGGGUGCUGAUGGCGUCAUUGUAGGCAGUGCAAUGGUGAAGUUGUUGGGUGAAGCCAAGUCUCCGGAAGAAGGAUUGCUGGAAUUAGAGAAGUUCACCAAAUCCUUAAAAGCUGCACUUCCAUAGAGAAACAGCAUAGUUUUAGGGGAUCAAUUUUCACGAUUUUGGCUGCUCUUCUGAUGUUGGUGCUCGCUUUUACUUUCAACAUUAAAUAAGGUGGAAAAUGGAAAGAUGUUUCUCAUGAUAGAUUGUGCAGUUUUAACCCUCAGGCACCGCGGUUACUUGGUUGAAAACGAAAAAAAGCGUUAGAAACUUCAAUUGCAGAUCAAAGCUCAUUUGAAGUUG